AAUACAUUUUUGCAUUGAAAUCAACAAAUCAGCCGUAGACUUUCCGACAUGUAUGACAACAGGUAGUCUUUCCCGACAGAAUGUUCCUUCUCUGUGUGGUUGCUCCUGCCUACGACUUGUCAAGGUAUGGUAUUGUGGCAGUCUCACGGUGCGUCCGGCUAUGGCAUAGUUUUGCCAUCUUAACACCAGCAAGCUUUAACCUUUGCACCAGAAACAACUUAUCUUACAUUACAUCUAACAGGAACUAGUCGAAAACGAUGAUUCGAAGAAAUAGCAAUAAGAAGAAGACAUCCCGGCCUUUGGGAAGAAGCAAAUCCAUGAACUGUGUAACGAACAAUAAUCAGCUCCGUAAGGCCGCCAUCGACCGAGACGCCCAUAUCGCCGCGGCUCUAUCAUAUCGACAAGAUGAUGCGAGAUGUUUGCAACAAACCGACUCAGAGUCGUGCCGGCUCGUUCGUAGUCAAAGUUUUUCACGAGGUUCGAAUACAACAUCGCCACAUGCUGCGAAGAAUUCCCUUGCAGAAAGAAGUCUACGCCGUCAGCAGAGCGUGAGAUUUGCUGGACCUCGUGCAUGCCCCAGAAAAGCCAUUGCUCCACGGGCAAACAAACAGCUCAGAGCCAUUAAGAAAGAAAAUAUCCAGCAUCUUGCCGGCAGUGAUAUGAGCGAAAGGAGCUUUGCAAGUUCUGGAUACUUGUACCAGCCCAGUAUUGCCACUACUGAAACUCGCUCACAACAAGGCGCCACCAAGCAAGGCUCACAUCUCAAAGCUAGGACAGAAUUAGCAUCACCUGGAGCGAAGAGAUUGAGAAAAUCACAGUCCAUGGUGGCAUCGCGUCAAAACGCCAUGGUCCGUGGCCAGGGGGACUCUUAUAAUAGACUUGAGGAAUGGCUGCAGCCAGACAGAGAUCUAUCCUUAUUCCGAGCUCGUCAACAGGCGAAUGAUUUUGCUGCUCGCCACCUUCAUAAUACAAAAUCGUUGAGCCAUUUGAAGACUAUGAGUGCAUUCUCAUCUGCCUAUACAUCAGAUUCGAGAACUGAGCACUUUGAUUCACCAUUGCAACUAUCAAGAGACCUAAGAGGCGGUGUAUCACACAAUAAAUUAUCAUCACAGGGCCUGUCAUUGUCUCGAUCUAAACAUCAGAGAGCUAAGAGUGCCACAGAAUUACCACGGUCCCUCAGGAACAGCAGCAAUGAUACUGAUUUUGUUUCUUCCACGCUUUCGUUAGCCACUACAACAAAUGGCAAAUCGACGGGAUUUCGAUAUACAGCUCGCAAGGUAUCACGAUCUGUCAAGACAAAGCUGAGAAGCUUUUUCAGUCGACCAAAAGAGCGUCCUGUCGUUUCUCUCAACUCAGGCACUGAGAGCGGCUUUAGCCCAGGCAUUUAUGACGAUGAGCCCACAUAUGUAUCAAGAGUUAAGUCACAUCUACCUUCCUUGCAUUCUAUCUCGACAGAAAGACGCCCAUACUCUCGUAGAGGAAGUUUAGAGAGUAUUGAAAGCGAACUGAGACACAUAGAAGGUGACAAGUCCCGCGUCACAAGCUGGACAAACUCGAGCACUUGCGCCGAAGACAUUGCACAAGACCAUGUCCCGGAUAGGAUAAAGUCAAGACUCUCUGUUAUCAAUGAAUCUGUAUUCAAUCUCAAUAGCUCUUCGCCCCCACAAGCGGACCCUAGAGUCACGCACUCGAUACGAUCACCAACUGAUAAUCAGCAGGUCUACUCGGCCCUUAUUCAAAGGCUUGAUGAAAUGAACAAGUUGAGGCGGGAGUCGGAGUCGAAUAGCACAGGUGCUCAUGACGAAAAUGGUUCUCUAAAGAGUUGGAAAUGCCAAACAAUACGCUGCGUUGAGAAGGAUGAUGUCUUUCAAGACUCAACUGGUCACAAUAUGCACUCUCUUCAGCGUAGAUCAACCACAGAUCUCCAGGGCAACAUUACAACAGAGCUAAGUGAGGGCAACGAUGAGCAUGCAAGGGAUUUUCCUUGUGAGCGCCCUGUAUCACGGGUUCUCUCGUCAAGAUCGUCCGCCUUUUUCGGUAGUCCUUCAAAUCAUCUCUUUAGGACACAAAGUCCAUAUCGGCGAGCACUACAGCAGAGCAUGAAAAUGCAACAAACAGACGUAACAAACACGGGCGCCAAGUAUCUAAGUACACUGUCAACUUUAGUAUUACCAUUAAGACGGGCAAGUCCUAGCAACUCAGAAAAGGAUACGCGCUUGUCUACGACCGACUCUGUAUAUUCUCGUCAGUCCGCCGCAGUUCACACAAAGUGGGAAGAGACGCCAGCGACACCACAAAGGGAAAAUAAAUUGGACGGGGAUUCCGUUAAAGAAUUUGUUACUCCACCUCUACAACCAAUUAAUAGAAUGCAGAAUCGGCGUGAGGUGUCGUCUGCAAGUUCUGUUGAGUGGAAAACAUGGCUAAGUGCCAAUGUCUCUAAGCUCGAGACACCCCCGGCUUGUUCACGCAGCCCUGGUAGACUGUUUCUGGGAGAGUUUGAUGUACAUGGCCACAUUAAAGAGGAAACGGAAAUUACUGAGGUGAACGAGUCACCCGCGGAGACACCUUCACCGGCUGCUGUGGUGGGUAACCGAUUCUGUUCAAUUCCGCCAUCAGAUACGCCCUUGCGUUGGUCGACCACUUCAACGAACACUCCAAAGUCCUAUCCUAUAUUUACAGAUGAGAACCUGGACCCUAAUAAGAUAACCCCGUCCAAGAUAAUUGAAGACAAUAGCGAGCCAUUCUCGACGCCGCAGGUUGGCCUACGCAAUGUGUCUUCAUUGCCAAACGUCCAUGGAAAUUCGCCACUGCCACGCUUAUCUCACUGCUGGUCACCCAAAGUCACUCCAGGCAUGAGCCCAAAUAGAAACGAUAAGAAGUGGUCAACUGUCCGCGCUGCCCGUCAAAAUGUUAGCUCGGUCCAGUCCAGCCCAGGCUUGACAGCCGCCAUUGAACGACAGUUUGGCAAAGCGAGAAAUAGCUCUCAAGGAUCCCCUACUGUCAAAUCUCCUAUAUCCGCCGAGCUCGUUACAACUCCCAAGUCCAGGCGGAGCUGCUUAUCAGAGUUGGAUGCCCAAGCGAUGGGCAGCAGGCGCAUGGUUGAUUUAUUCCUAAGCAGCCGUCAGAACCGAGUGCGGCGCGCGUCUGAGUCCAGUAGCGGGAGCGCUGCAGCUGCGUUUGUUUAAAUAGAACAAAGAGUACGGAUAGUUGAAACUAGUCUUACAGUAGGAAUAAUGUAUAUCGUAGGGUCUCUUAUCGAAGGAUGUGGCAUUCAGCAUUUACCACUGGUGGACAAUGGAAUCACGGCUUGGAAACAAGGG